UCUCCCUGCCUGAGCUGCGGCUAGAGGAGAACAGACCUGAGGACAAUGGGAACAUCUUGCCCCUAACUAUGGGCCCAAAAAUUAAGAUCAAAAAGACACGAGAAGAAGCAGCUGUCAUCAUCCAGGCCUGGUGGCGGGGCACCCUGGUGCGCCGGACACUGCUCCACGCAGCGCUUCAGGCAUGCAUCAUUCAGUGCUGGUGGAAGCAGAAGCUGGCCCAGAUGCUGGAGAAGAGGCGGCGAGCAGCUCUGGAGAACUAUGCGCGGCAAGAGUGGGCAGUGGUCAAAAUCCAGUCCUGGGUCCGCAUGUGGCGCACCCGUCUGCGUUACUGCCAGCUGCUCCAUGCUGUCCGCAUCAUCCAGGUCUACUGGCGCUGGCAUAGCUGCCACACGCGUGGUAUCAUCCAAGGUCACUACGACCUCAAAGAAAACCAACUGAAUCUCCAGCUUGAAAUCUCCUUGGGCUCACAGGCUUGUAAAGUACAACAGUGCAUCCCACUUCCAAUAAAAGAAUGAUCAGGUCUGCCA